CUCAAAUAAUCACAACACACCAGCAUUCUCAAUCCAUAUUUCUUCACUAUGAGUCGUUUUUCUUACUUAUCGUUGUUUCCCUGCUUCCUUCUUUUUGCCCAUUUCUUCACCUUAAGCAACGCAGCUACUUUCGAAAUCAAAAACCAAUGCCCUUACACUGUCUGGGCCGCGGCUGUUCCCGGUGGUGGCCAAAGACUCGACCCAGGCCAAUCAUGGACCAUCACCGCGAAUGCGGGAACAACACAAGCCCGUAUUUGGGGACGGACCAACUGCAAUUUCGAUGGGGCCGGGCAAGGGAAGUGCGAGACAGGUGAUUGCAAUGGGCUCUUGCAAUGCCAAGCCUUCGGGCAACCCCCAAACACACUGGCUGAAUAUGCCUUGAACCAAUUCAACAACCUGGAUUUCUUCGACAUAUCUCUUGUUGAUGGGUUUAAUGUUCCUAUGGACUUCAGUCCAGUAUCAGGCAACUGCCGCGGAAUUAGGUGCGCAGCUGAUAUCAAUGGACAGUGCCCAGAUCCGCUCAGGGCCAGCGGAGGCUGCAACAAUCCUUGCACUGUCUUCAAGACAGAUGAAUACUGUUGCAAUUCUGGCAGCUGUGGCCCAACAGAUUACUCUAGGUUUUUCAAGCAGAGGUGCCCUGACGCUUAUAGUUAUCCUAAAGAUGACCAAACAAGCACCUUCACCUGUCCCGGUGGAACUGAUUACAGGGUUGUAUUCUGCCCUUGAAGCUGUUUUAAGCCAGGAAUUUAAUGGUGUAAAAUGAGAAUAAGGACCUUUGCUCGAUUCACUUCUGACGGUGUGAAUUGCUGCCAAGGUCACAUGCUUUAUUAUAAUAAAAUUUACUACAAUAUUAAAAA